AUAUGGACGCUUUCCGGAAGUGGCGCAGUGUGUUCUGUUGCUUGGAAGAUGGCGGCGAUGUUUACGUGUUGUCUCAACUGCUGCGGGGAUGGAGGCUCGGGACAUAUCCAACUUAAAGAAAUGCCCACUGUUCAGUUAGACACUCAUCGCAUGGGCACAGAUGUUGUCAUAGUGAAGAGUGGCCGCAGGGUAUGUGGCACUGGAGCGUGCCUGGCCAACGCUCCUCUGCACCAGAACAAAAGUUAUUUUGAGUUCAAGAUCCAGUCUACUGGUGUGUGGGGAGUGGGCGUGGCCACGCAGAAAGCCAAUCUCAAUCAAGUGCCUUUAGGCCGAGACUGCAACAGCCUCGUCCUGAGACAUGACGGCUGUGUCGUCUACAACAACGAAGAGAAGAACCGCCUGCCUGCCAACAAUCUCCCUCAGGAGGGCGACAUUGUGGGCCUCACGUACGAUCAUGUGGAGAUGAACUUGUAUCUGAAUGGGAAGAACAUGCAUUGUCCUGCAUCGGGGAUAAGAGGCACUGUGUACCCCGUUGUGUACGUGGACGACAGCGCCAUCUUAGACUGCCAGUUCAGUGACUUCUACCACACGCCUCCGCAAGGAUACGAGAAGAUCCUCUUUGAACAACAAAUCUUCUAAACGAGCGCCUUUUAUCAUUGUCAUUGUCACCCUCACACACCGUAUCACUUGUCAUGUUUUGAUUGCGAUUGGCUGAUCAUCUCUGGCCGAUGCCGCCCCCGUCGUUCCAGAAUGACCUCCAGAAUGCGUGGCCUUGAAGGAUGCUGAUUUGUUAUGAUUUUCCGCAUGUACGGAGGUCUUUUCCGAGUGGGGAGAAUGAUCCAGUUAAGAUUCCUGAUGAAUUCUAACACUUCCAGUAGCCUCCUAAGAUUUCCAAUCAAAGUGGAUGCUUUCAGGAUCAGAAGCCAUUUCUUGGGAUAUUUCUCCACAUGUGUCACAGAUCAAACGUCAAACAAUCUUAAUUCUUUUCUUUUAGUGAGUGGAUCACUUUCACCUUGCCUGAGUUUAUGAGGGUCACUAUCAAAACCGGGAAUAUGGCAAUUUGUGUGUUUGUAUGUUUUGAACUGACAAAAAAUAACAUGGUAGCUAUUGAGACUGAAAGACAAGUCAUUUCCCACAAACACCUGCUGAGCCCCUCCUCCAGAUAUGUAUACCUUGACAUCUUUUAUCACGUAUUUAUUCUUAAAUCUAUCAAUAUUAUCAAAAGUGGUGUCGCUCGGCUCUGAAGCUGAGAUGCUGUGUGCUUCAUAUUGUUGCAGCGGUUACGUUUCCAACUAUGUACUUGUCUUAGUUUGCACUGUGAUUGUACAAGCAAAUCCAAAUACUGUUGAUUAAACGUUUGUGUCUGCAGGAA